CAGUCGGCACCACCGUAUCGACAAUCCACAUCUAAGACAAACCAAGAUGUCACGGGCACAGGUGCAUCAGUACUAGCCUCGGCAGGCGGCACUGCCCUCACAGACUUCUUGUCAAGCUGUAAAUCAUAAUGCAUCACAGGACUGCACAAUUUGCAUUUAACCUUUACCCACGUUCAGAAAUUGGGUUCCAUGAAUGUGGUCGUGAUCUCUUUACAUUUGUUACAGUGGCAUCAACCCAUAUUAUGCGUACACUACAAAGACCCAAAAAGAGCAGGCCGACCAAAAGGAAAGUGAAUCAUCGACGUUUCCUCCAAAACCAAAUUUACAGGAAAUACUCUGUUAUAGAAGCUGCCACACAGCAACUUGCCACUUCAAUUUUCUCACAGGAACCUGUGGUAGGAAAGCAAAAUCCACCCAAUAAUCUGAAUUAUUCAACAAUUGAAAACAGGAGUAAUUUAUUUAAAGAUACCAGGAAAGAAAAAAUAACUCAGUUACAAAAUGUACUUAAAUUCUCAUCCAAUCUGUCUGUGCUUCCAGAUGGGCAUCUGGAUAGCAGCACUUUUCUGGGAGUUGCAGAGGCUUAUCUUGUUCCAGAUACCAUUUCUAAAAUAGCAAUAAGUAUGGAUACAUUGGCUUGUGUCUCAGAUGAGGUUGACACAGUUGAGAGUCUAUUUGAUAACAUAACGGAUGAGGACAUUUUUUCUUCCCCUUAUGGUUUCCUACACCCAAAGACACACCAGUUACAUACAAAAACAAGGAGUGAACAUGAAUAUGAACCAGCCCUACAGACUGGACUAAUAUUUUGUGACACAGAUAAAGCCAAUAGGUUUCCUGAGAGUUUUGACAAAGCUGGUCAUCAAAUACCUUUCCUCCACAUGACACACGAUUCAAUGAAGAACAAAAGUAGUGACUUCCUCAUGAGUAGUCCAUGGAGUGAUCAUGAGAUUGUGCUACAUGAUGUUACUACACCAGAAGCCAUAUAUAUGUCUAACAAUGAAAAAAGAUCUCCAAAAGUGCCAUUCCCUGAAAAAGGCUACAUACAAGUACAAGCUGGCUAUGAAUGUGAUCAAGAUGUUAACACAGAUAAUGCAGAUUUCUCAGUAUUUCAGUUAAACAAAGGAAUACAAGAUACCCUACAUGAUAAAAUAUUCAUAGGCAAAGAAAUGGAGCUACAACCAAGCCAUGAAGAUGUAGAUUACAGUUUAUUUUGGGCAUCUUCCCCAGAACCAAAUACCAAAACGUAUACCAGCCACUAUUUUAAACCAUGAAUAUGAGGAAACAUGAUUGUGUAGCUCUUGGUGAGAUAAAUCUGAGUUUAUUGUAAUGUACUCAUGAGUAUAUACAAGAAAAAUGCCCAAUUCACUAUGUACUGUAUCUUCAUCUGAUGCUCACUGGGAUAUUGUGUUGCUAAUGCCUUACUAGAAUCUUGAUACAUUUGGUGGCCUAUAUGUUCAUCUGAACUUAUGCUGUCAGUUUGUUGAUUCAUGCUCUUUUUCUGCAAGU